ACCCAAUCGGUUAGUACAGUAACACCCGCAGUUUCUCUCUCUUUUAUCGACUCUCGCACAGUUGCUUCUGCAUCGGUAUCCACUCAACCGCAGUAACAUGCCCGUGCCUCUACUACGCGUUCUAGCUGUCAUUCUCUGCUGGGUAGCCCCGCUGGUUCGUUCGCAUUACCACUGGCCGUCCAGCACUGCCCCUCUGCAAUCCGAGUGGCGGUCGGCGCGUGCCACCUUCUACGCCCCGGCGGAUCCACGGGACGUGGUCGGCGGUGCUUGCGGGUUUGGUGAUUUGGAGAAGGGAGGCUACGGCAAGGCCACGGCUGGGCUGAGCGCCACUCUGUUUGAUAGGGGUCAGAUCUGCGGUGCGUGCUUUGAGGUCAGGUGCGUCGAUGACACGCGCUGGUGUAUUCCUGGAACCUCCAUCCUUGUGACAGCGACAAACUUCUGUGCUCCCAACUACGGGUUGGAGUCCAAUGGCGGCGGCCAUUGCAAUCCGCCAAAUGCUCACUUCGUGCUACCAAUCGAGGCCUUUGAAAAGAUUGCUAUUUGGAAAGCUUCUAACAUGCUCAUUCAGUAUCGGAGAAUAAAGUGCAGAAAGGAAGGAGGAGUGAGGUUCUCCAUAACAGGUGCUGGGAUCUCUCUGACAGUGUUAAUAAGCAACGUUGCUGGUGCGGGGGAUAUAGUGACGGUGAAGAUUAAGGGUCCAAGAACUGGAUGGCUGCCUAUGGGCAGAAACUGGGGACAAAAUUGGCACAUAAAUGCUGACUUGAGGAAGCAGCCUCUUUCAUUUGAGUUGACCACUAGUGAUCGGGUCAUCCUUGCUUCUUACAGUGUUGCUCCCAAGAACUGGACCUUUGGGCAGACCUUCGAAGGUAAGCAGUUCGAACUUUGAAGCUUAAUUAAGACGUGGCGUGGCAAUGAAGGAUUCAAAUAUAAGUCUGUUAAAAAUGCCACUGUUUUGUGUGUUCAUGUUUAUGUGUGUGGCUAAUUGUAAUUACAAAUUCCAAACUUUGCUUAGUAUAUGAAUUCUUCCACACUGUCAACAUUUCUAAAUCUUACAAUAUUUCGGAUCUAUCAUAGUAGACUAAGCUUUAAACUAUAUAACCUCUUUGAGAUACUGAAGAUAUUACAC